AUGAAUGACUAAUGAACACGAAAAAACAAUUGUAUCAUUCAAACUAACAACAUUUAUAAAAACACAAGUUUUUCAAUACGCUAUAACAAAAUAAAAAUCCACCCUGUACCUACAAAGAAACCUACGGAUCCAAAUGAAAAUCUUAUUUUUUGUAAACGUUUCAAUAAGAAUACUUUUAUUACGCGGGCGAAGCCGCGGGAAAAAGCUAGUUAAAACAUAAAAUAUUACCUUUCGAUACAUACAUUAGUAAUAAACCUGAUUAAAUAACAAAUGGUUGUUUCGAAAAAACAAUGUGUGAAACAGUCAAUUUGUAUAUAAAGACAUGUGACACCCAUAACAAGCAUUAUUUUCAUAAUGGGUCUCGCACAGAUCACCUCCAUUGUGAUUCUCAUUGGACAAUUUUCUGUAUUCAGUUUAGCUGCCGAUCUUCCUAAGCUACCCAAUAACAGACUCUCAGAAGGACAAGACAGGGACCUCCCCAAUGGAGUACCAAUCCACUGCGGAUCUGCAUCUCCAAGGAGGGUCAGCACUACCACUUAUAAAAAUCCAGGACAAGUAUUGACAAGUACAAUCUUCGGAAGAGACGCGAUCACUGCUGGUGCAUUGGGAGAUCCAAACGGACCUAGACCGGGAGCUGGAACGCGCUAUAAAAUGGCAGAAUUCCAUGGAGCUAAAGUCUUGUACGCUCUCGAAAUAGACCCCGCUGGGGAAGCAGCCUACUGGCUCCCUCAAGGCGGUGUCGUAGACAUUCACCAUCAUCCGUCCGACAGACAACCAAAGUACGUGUUCACUCCUGACUUCAGUGGUUGCUCUUGGACCGUCACUCCCGGGUCUAACGGGAUGCUCCGCCUGCAUCACGUCGAAGGCGGCAGGGAGAGAGAACAGUUCAACAGCUUAACAGAAGCUCAGAAAGGGGGACCUAUCACCUACGCCAUACAAUACAAAGACUACGGGUACGUCGUGGAGACUCGCAAGCUGACUAGCAACGUCCCGGCGUACGCUUACAUGCACUACGCUAACGGCCAUUGGACCCUCAACUUCCAGCGCAAGUCUUGCACUCCGGAAACUGGCGGGUACACGUUCAACAGUGCCCGUAUUUUAACUGGGUUGGUGAUGAACGAAUCGAAAUCUACUUAUCCUGCUAUAUCGGGUACCAAGUCUUACAACAUUCCUUAAACGUCGUGAUUUCGUGAUAUCAAUUCUUCAUCCUUUUGGCAUUUAUUUAUUUAUUUAUUUAAUCUUUAUUGUACACAAAGAAAGAAAAACUUAUAGUACAAAAGGCGGACUUAAUGGCAUCAUGGCAUGUUACUCUUUGAUCUAAGGCCUGUGUACUGUGUAGGGGUUCCUAAAUUAAAAUUUUAUUAAAAUAUUAUAUUUUUUCCAUUCAGAUACAAAUACGCCUUUCUUGACACAUUUUGUGUUAUUGUUUUGUAGUUCUUUACCCAUGUCUCAUAUCAUCUCAUAUCUCCACCAUGAACAAGUUUUGAGUGCUCCUUCUUCUCGGAUAUCGCGGUUCAGUCUGACGUUAUGGGGUCCUGUUUUCAUAAAAAAAUAAUUGGAAUUUACCUUUCUGGAUCCCUUAUUUGAAAUUAUUUUUUGCGUUAUCAGUUUUACUUUAAUUAGCACUAAUUUCACAAAUUUAUUUAAAUUUACUGUACAAAAAUGCACGACAGUUGAUUUAGAUAUGAAU